AUGCUUAAGGAUCUAGUUUCUUCAAAGAAAAUCCUAGCUAAGAAUCAUAUAGCCCAACAACAAGUCGUACAACAACAGCAACUACAACAACAACUAUCUAAAACACCAAAACCUCAACGGUUUCAAUCAAAAUCAGGACAGCAGCAGCAACAACAACAGCAGCAAACUCUGGACCCUCAGCUAAACCUGCACCAAUCGUCAUCAGUCGGUCUACAACAAAAAUUGGCAACUAUCAGCAAGUCAAAGCAACAGCAGCAGCAACGACAGCAGCAGCAACAACAACAGCAGCAAACUCUGGACCCUCAGCUAAACCUGCACCAAUCGUCAUCAGUCGGUCUACAACAAAAAUUGGCAACUAUCAGCAAGUCAAAGCAACAGCAGCAGCAACGACAGCAGCAGCAACAACAACAGCAGCAAACUCUGGACCCUCAGCUAAACCUGCACCAAUCGUCAUCAGUCGGUCUACAACAAAAAUUGGCAACUAUCAGCAAGUCAAAGCAACAGCAGCAGCAACGUAAAUUAAAGCUUUACCAACAUCAGACUAAAACAACCAACAAAUGGAGGCCUAAGACAAUAAAGCGAAAAUUAAAACCAAUCAUUAAUAAUAAGCAGCAGCAGCAGCCUGUUAAUUCUCUGACCACUGGCCAGCAAUUCGACGAUGAUCUCGAUAUUACUGAGAUUCAACAACCUACUCACAACUACAACAACAACUAUCUAAAACACCAAAACCUCAACGGUUUCAAUCAAAAUCAGGACAGCAGCAGCAACAACAACAGCAGCAAAUACUGGACCCUCAGCUAA